AUCCACGAGGCUGGGCUUACAGUUCCCAAAGCUGCGGUUGAGUGUGACAUUCCGAGGUUCACCGCUUAUAAGUUUUCAGAUCAGUGGAAUGUUAGUGAUGGUACAGUCCUUCCUGGUAGCAAGCCAAGAACCGGCAUCUCUCGACCAAAGAAGCUUUUUGCAGAACAUACUGAGUUUCUUAUA